AUGUCCUUGGUCACUCCAAUCCAUUUCAGUGCUGUUCAGCCAAAUUUCUACCGAGGUUCUUACCCGAGAGAGAUCAAUAUACCAUUUUUACGAACACUGAGGUUAAAAUACAUCCUGUCGUUGACCCCAGAGCCUUUGACGCACCAGGAGCCCAUUGCAGCAUUUUGUCGAAACGAGCGGAUUCAAAUGGUCCACAUUGAGUGUGGAACAAGCAAAAAAUCGAAAAAUGAUGGUACCAAAUUAAAGCGCAAGAAGAAACCGGUGCCAAUCGAAUACAACGUUGUGGUUAGAUGUGUGCAAUUUUUGACAGAUAAGCGGCAUUAUCCCUGUUAUAUGCAUUGUACGAACGGAGAGCUUGUCACCUCGUUGGUCGUCGCGUGUUUGAGAAAACUGUCUUACUGGAGCACAGUUUCAAUAUUUAAUGAAUACUUGACCUACGCAACAAACAUCAAUAUCCAUGAACGACAGUUUAUCGAGAAUUUCAAUCUGGAAAUAGAAAUUAACGAUCUGAAGAUCUCAGAUAAAGUGGCCUGGAUCAGUAAUAGAGCAGCAGACACGAGGGUUGAUGAGGAAAAUGGUAGAAUUAAGCUUGUCGGGAGCAUUCCCGACACGUUACCAAAACUAAGGUUUCACAGCAUAUAA